AUGAGCAGCCCCUACGCCGCCGCAAGAGACAAAUUCUACGAGGACCUUUACGCCCUCUUGGCGACUGCGUCGAAGACGGAGAAGUUGAUUGUCCUUGGUGACUUCAACGCCCGCGUCGGCACAGACCAUGCUGCCUGGAGAGGAGUGCUCGGUCCACAUGGUCUCAACGGCUCUAACGACAAUGGCCUACUCCUUCUCCACACCCGCGCAGAACACCGACUCAUCCUGAAGAACACCUUCUUCUAUCUGCUGAUGCGAAAGAAGGCCACCUUGAUGCAUUCUCGAUCGCGUCAGUGGCACCUGCCGGGCUAUGUCCUGGUCCGGAGGUGAGACAAGCGGGACGUGCUGCUGACAAAAGCGAUUUAGUGUGCCGACGGGUAGACCGACCAUCGCCUCGUCAUCUCGAAGAUGUGAAUCCGGCUACAGCCUCGCAGGAGACCGCAGGGUAAGCGACACUCAGGUAAGCUGAAUAUUACCUUGUUGUUUUUGCCCGCUCACCACUUUCAUUUCAGCAAUGAGCUAGCCCAACGGCUAGACAACCUUCCAGUCGCUGCUGCCGCCGCCGCUGACGAGAAAGCCUCGAUGGAAAACCGACAAUGUCAAUUGCGGGACACAGUCCAGUCGAAGGUGCUUGCCGUCCUCGGCCGCGCACACCGCCAACACCAAUACUGGUUCGACGACAACGACGCCGCCAUCAACAACCUGCUCGCCGAGAAUAACCGUCUCCACAAAGCCUACGUCGACCACCCAACCGAAGACAACACAGCUGCUUUCCAUCGCUGUCGUCGUCUCCUGCAACAGCGACUGCUCGCGAGGCCGAGGAGAUCCAAUGAUAAGCGGAUCGCAACGAAUGGAAGAACUCCGCGAUCAAAGCUGUCUAGGGUCCUCCCACUAAGGACAUUGCUCCUCUCCUCAGCGCCGACGGCAGUACACUCCUCGCUGAAACGACACAAAUUCUACAACGAUGGGCCGAGCACUUCCAAGGCGUCCCCAACCACCUCUUCACUAUCUCCGACGCCGCCGUCGCCCGUCUGCCGCAAGUGGAGACCAACGUGGACCUCGGCCUCCCGCCCUCUCUCCAGGAAACCAUCAAGGUCUUGUAG